GAUCGAGGUCGUUCUCUUGUGUCGUGGCUUUCGAUAGAAGCAGUCGAUUCCCGCGAGUGAGAAAUCCAGAAAAUUAAACUGUGAACUCGAUGAUAAAAAACCAACUGUCUAAAUCCCCGAAAGUACUAUUCUGUGGUGUCGGUUCGUGUCUGGGACUUCCGUGAAGGUCGAGUGUCGUACCACAGUUACUCCGGUUUUAACGGGCGAACAAGUAAAAGUUAUCCGUCCUCCCGACCGCGUGUGAUCGAGUGAGCCCGAGGUUGUCCCAAAAGAACCCACGUGAAUAACACGACAAUUGUGGCCAACGUGCGUUUAAAGACCCGCCGAUUAAGAACCCGCGAGUUCUAGCACCCGUUUUCAAGUGCGUCCGUCUAAAACACAGUCCGGAUCCUCUAGGGUUACCCAUAUUGCGUGUGCACCGCGUGGAGGCUGUGGUUAACCUCCAAAACCCGCCCCAACUCAAGGAGUAGAGUGAACCAGGCGUCCAGCAUUCGACAGCGUAGAGCCAUCGUAACAGUAAUUUUGAAGGCUAGGCAGCCUCUGGGAUGAAAUUCCGUGCUUUGUCCAGCCUCCACUAAACAUCUACCAUGACGACCACCCGGGUCAUUCUGAGUUUCCCCUGGGGAAACAGCAGCAACAAUAAUAACAAUGAGAAACUAAAGGGCGACUUCUACCACGAGAAUGGUCUCACCGAUGCGGUGCUGAAGGUGGCCCGCAAGGAACUGCGCGAAGACAAGGUGAUCCGCGAGCAGGCACUGGAACAGAUGCGCGAGUGGCUGAAACAGAAUCAAGAAAUCGAAAAUGUUCGCACAGACGAUCUGUUUUUGCUUAAAUUCCUACGCACCAAAAAGUUCAGCGUAUUUAUGGCGCAGCAAAUGAUUUUAAAAUAUCUGAACCUGCGAAAGGUCCACAUGCAUCUGAUGUAUGGGCUGGACUUCCUUUCGCCAAAAUUGAAUAAACUAAUCAACAACGGUUACAUGUUUCCGUCUCCGGUGCGAGACAAGCACGGCCGACGGCUGAUCAUUGGAUUUGCAAGAAACUUCAACCCAGACGAUCACGACAGCUCGGACAUGUCCCGGGUGCAUGCGAUUACCUAUGAAACCCUGCAAGAGGACCAGCAAAAUCAGAUUGUGGGUUAUGUGCACAUUGGAGACUUCAAAGGUAUCUCCACGGCGCACGUAUCCUGCUGGAAUCCAACCGAUUUUCUACGCAUGAUUAAGUGGGGCGAACAAUCGAUCCCGAUGCGUCACAAGGAGGUCCACCUGGUUCAUGUUCCAGCUGCAGUGAAAUACGUUAUCGAAGCAGGAAAAUCGAUGAUCAGCAAGAAGAUGAAGGAACGGCUUCAGGUACAUGUGACCAUACCCGAACUGUGCAAAAAAGUCGACCCGGCAUGUCUGCCAAAGGAACUGGGCGGUAAUAUUCCGAUGGUCGAAAUGAUAAACUGGUGGAAGCAGGAAUUAGCCGCCAAGCGUAACACACUGCUUGCUUUGGAUAACAUGAACAUUCUGAGCGAUCGAAGCAUCAUUUCGCGGAACGGAACCGAUCGUAACAACAACAACGGCGCCGUACUAGGAAUGGAAACGAUUACGGGUAGCUUCCGGAAAUUGGAAGUUGAUUAGUGAAGAUUGUAAUAAUGUCAUUAAGCUAUGUAAUCUAUUCAUAAAAAAUGUUACUAUAAUCCAGAGUGCGUGUGUUAAAUAUUAUUAUGUACUGUGUAUAGAUUAAAGUCACCGAGAAUGGUUGAGUGAUCCCAUUGUAUAGCAGAUUUAAGAAUAAACUUCACCCCUAGGCAUUAAUAUUAAGUCCAAUGAAAUGAAGGAUAUAUCACAUUCCUUUGGCAUUAUCAUGGAACAAGUGGCACAAUUCCAUACAUAGUACAACAAUCUUCUAAUAGAUGAAAUAAAGUAAUCAUAUAUAUA